AAAAAAUAAAAAAGGUGAAGUACAGAAGAGGUAAAAUAUGACCAUACUUACAAUAUUUUGUUCUUUCUAAUGUGUAUAUCACAAAAUCUCUUGGUGGACAGAAACAAGUCAAUAAAGUAAGGUCUUUGUGCCAAGGUCGAAGGUUCCUCCCAUAUUUGUUUCCUGUAGUGUAGGCCAUAGUACAUUCAUUAACCAAUCAGAUUCCACAAACUUCCUAUAUUCACAGUUUCACACACACAUGUCAUGAUCUUAUUUCUUGAUCCUUAGUCUACAAGCACCCAAGAAACCAUACUGCAGAUUUCACUUAUAGACAUCAUAACCCAAGCUACUUUGGCUUAGAUACACAAUUGAACUGAAGCAUAUGGAAUCUGCUAUGGCCAGAGCCUCUUCUAGUCCAUUCCCACCACCCCAAUCACGGACAUAUCAUGUGUUCUUGAGUUUUAGGGGACAAGACACCCGCAAAGGAGUCACUGAUCAUCUCUAUGCUUCACUGCAAAGGAACGGAAUUACAGCUUUUAGAGAUGACAUGAACCUUGAGAGAGGUGAAGUUAUUUCACAUGAACUUCUCAGAGCAAUUGAAGAGUCUAUGUUUGCGGUCGUCGUUCUGUCUCCAAACUAUGCUUCCUCUGCUUGGUGCUUGGAUGAGCUCCAAAAGAUUGUGGAGUGCAAGAACAACCUGGGGCUACAGAUUGUGCCAGUGUUCUAUGGUGUGGACCCUUGUGAUGUGAGGCACCAAAAAGGAACCUUUGAGGAUGCUUUCAGGAAACAAGAAGAGAGAUUCGGAGGAGACAGUGAGAAGGUCAAGAGAUGGAGAGAAGCCUUAAUACAAGUUGCCAGUUACUCUGGAUGGGACUCCAAAAAUCAGCAUGAGGCAACACUUGUGGAAAGCAUUGCUCAACAUGUGCAUACAAGGCUAAUUCCAAAAUUGCCAUCUUGCAUAGAGAACCUUUUUGGUAUGGCUUCAAGGGUGGAGGAUGUAACUACACUCAUGUGUAUUGGGUUGAGUGAUGUUCGAUUUACAGGCAUAUGGGGCAUGGGUGGUGUUGGUAAGACAACUAUUGCUAGAGCAAUCUAUGAAGCCAUUGAAGAUCAAUUUCAAAUUAGUUGUUUUCUUGCUAACAUUAGAGAUACAUGUGAGACAAAUGGGAUACUUCAACUACAAAAAAUUCUUGGUGAACAUAUUCAUGUGAGUAGAUGUACUUUCAGUAAUUUGUAUGAUGGAAUGAGGAUCAUAAGAAAUUCUUUAUGCAACAAGAAGGUUCUUAUUGUUCUUGACGAUGUGAAUGAUGUAAGCCAAUUGGAGAAUUUGGCUGGGAAUCAAGACUGGUUUGGCCCCGGAAGCAGGGUAAUGAUAACAACUAGAGAUAUGCAUCUACUAAAGACACAUGAAGUGUGUGACACUUAUGAGGUUGAAUGUUUAGAUAAAACGGAAGCUCUUCGUUUCUUUUGUUCAAAAGCCUUCAAACGUGAUGUUCCUGAAGAAGGGUAUUUGGAAAUGUCCCAUGAAGUGGUCAAAUAUACUGGCGGUCUUCCAUUGGCACUUAAGGUUUUAGGUUCUUAUCUUUAUGGAAGAAAUAUCAGUGCUUGGCGUAGUGCUGUCAAAAAAUUAAGAAGUGUUUCGGAUGCCAAAAUUCUUGAAACACUAAGAAUAAGUUAUGAUGGUUUGGAUUCCAUGCAAAAGGAAAUAUUUUUAGAUAUAGCCUGCUUUUUUAAGGGAAAGCCUAAAGACAAAGUAUUAGAUUUAUUUGAAAAGCGUGGUUAUAAUCCACAAAUUGACAUUGAUGUUUUGAUUGAGAGGUCUUUGGUUACAGUAAAGCAGGACAUUGAUGUGUUUAAGAAAAAGUUUGAUGUGUUGGAAAUGCAUGAUUUGCUUCAAGAAAUGGGGAGAAACUUUGUCAUUCAAGAAUCUCCAAAUUAUCCUAGUAAACGUAGUCGAUUGUGGUCUCCAGAGGACCUUGAUCUCAUGCUUACACAAAACAAGGGAACUGAAACAAUUCAAAGCAUAGUUCUACCUCCAAUAGGAAAUGGGACAUACUAUGUGGAAAGUUGGAGAGACAAAGCUUUUCCAAAUAUGAGUCAGCUAAAAUUUCUCAACUUUGAUUUUGUGAGAGCUCAUAUUCAUAUCAAUAUUCCAAGUACCUUAAAAGUUCUUCACUGGGAACUUUGUCCACUGGAGACCUUGCCCCUUGUGGAUCAAAGAUAUGAACUUGUUGAAAUUAAAAUAAGUUGGAGUAACAUUGUACAACUUUGGCAUGGAUUUAAGUUUCUAGAGAAGUUGAAGCACUUGGAUCUAAGCUGUUCAGGCUUGGAGCAAACACCAGAUCUUUCAGGGGUUCCUGUUCUUGAAACACUUGAUCUUUCAUGUUGUCACUGCCUAACUCUUAUUCACCCCUCUCUCAUAUGCCACAAAAGCCUUCUUGUGUUGAAUUUGUGGGAGUGCACAAGUCUUGAAACUUUUCCAGGUAAAUUAGAGAUGAGUUCGCUCAAGGAACUGAAUCUUUGUGACUGUAAGAGUUUCAUGAGUCCUCCUGAAUUUGGAGAGUGCAUGACAAAGUUAUCAAGACUUUCUUUUCAGGACAUGGCUAUAUCUGAACUACCCAUAUCACUUGGAUGUUUAGUUGGCCUAUCUGAAUUGGACUUAAGAGGUUGCAAAAAGCUUACUUGCCUUCCUGACAGUAUUCAUGAAUUAGAGUCCCUCAGAAUUCUGCGUGCUUCUUCGUGCUCAAGUCUUUGUGAUUUGCCACAUUCUGUGUCGGUUAUACCUUUUUUAAGCAUCCUUGACUUACGAGAUUGUUGUCUAACUGAGGAGUCGUUCCCUUGUGAUUUCGGACAGUUUCCAUCGCUGACGGAUUUGGAUUUAUCAGGCAACCAUUUUGUUAAUUUGCCAAUAAGUAUCCAUGAACUUCCCAAGCUUAAAUGUCUUAGCCUAAAUGGUUGCAAAAGGCUUCAAAGUUUGCCCGAGCUUCCUUCAAGUAUAAGAGAACUAAAGGCAUGGUGUUGUGAUUCACUGGACACACGCAGUUUCAAUAAUUUAUCAAAGGCAUGUUCUGUUUUUGCAUCAACUAGCCAAGGCCCUGGUGAGGUCUUGCAAAUGGUGAUUCCAGGGACGAAUAUUCCUUCAUGGUUUGUUCAUCGACAAGAAAGUAACUGCUUACUAGUCCCCUUCCCACAUCAUUGCCAUCCAAGUGAAAGGCUAGGAAUUGCUUUAUGUUUCCUAGUGCGGCCUUCCGAACGUUGGUUUUCCCUCUCACUCCGUUUGGCCGUUGGCAAUGGUGAUAGAGUCAUAACCAACAGCAUUCCUAUUUGGUAUCAUCAAGGUUAUCACCUGUGUAUGUUUUGUAUGACCAAUGAUUGUUUAAUUGAUCAAGAAACUCGGAAAGCCAUUCAUUUUGAGCUGUCAUUUGAAGAUAUCAAUGUUGAAUAUCCGCCAGAGAUAUUGAGCUCUGCUGCAUGUUGGGUGCAUACUGAUGAAAUUGAGCAUUUGAACAAAGGCGAAACUGAGAGGCCCAACAAGAAAAGACAAAAGAUGCUAGAAGAGAAACAUUGAGGAAAUGGGUUUAUAACUGAAAAAAAAGAUAUUGGAAGCUGAUAUGGUUGGAUAUUGGAAGUAGAAUCAACAUUUCCAAUGAUGAACAUGGAGGAGAUGCAUAGAUGCAGUCUCAGAAAUGCAUAUAAAAUUUUGACACUCAUUUGAACAGCAAGUUAUCUUGUUAAGUUGUACAUUAGUUGAAUUUUCAUGUUUCAACUUUGUACUAAAGUAAGAUUUGUUUGUCUUCAGAAGUGAGUAAUCAAUUCUACUCUUUUGGAUAUUUU